CAGAGUAAUCAAUUCCUCACAAUUCAAUUUAAUGUGUUCCAAUGAUUUCACAUGCACAAUCGAUCAAUGGGGAUGUAAAAUAUCACUUUAUCCAUUUUUUUUAUCGCUAUAAAUAUUAUUUACUUGCAUGAAAAUUAAAUGAUGAGUUUUCCGUUGUCAGAAAUUAGAAGAAUGUGCACAUAAAAUCGAUUUUAACUCAAACUAUGACGAAACCAUUAAAUAAUCGAAGUGCAGCACUACGCAAUACAAAUUGAUUUGUCAAGAAAUACAUUAAACAUUAUUCGUGAUGUGUUAAUCAGGAAUAUUCAAAAUAAUAACAAAUUUAACAAAGUAUCUGCCAUGAGUUCGAGUUGCAAUGAAACAUCUCAACUUCCUGAUGGCUGGGUACUUUGCACUUCCAAAUCAAGUCCUGGAAGGAAGUACUAUUUCAAUAAAAGAACGGGAAAGUCUUCCUGGACGCAACCACAGUUGGACGAGAGUAAAGAUAAAAGUAAAAAAGAAAAAGAUAAUCAAAGGGAUAUGAAAAGUAAAGAAGAGGAAAAGAAGAGUUUAAAGCGUAAAAAUGAUGGCUCUGAACAAAACUCCCCAAUUCGAAAGCAGAAAGAAGCUAAAUCUUCUCCAGGGAAGUGUUGGCCCAGUCUUAAUGAAAUAUCUCUUAAAAAUGUAGAAACAAAGAGACAGAGCACAAGUCAAGAGCAAACUCAAAAAGAUAUCCCGGGGAGAGCACAAGAAUCAUACAGACACAGCAGCAGCCAAAGAGAGUCAGUCUCUAGAACAGACAGCCCUGACAGACGCACCCCAGCUAAGAAUUUAGCUAACACAAGACUCACACAAUUAAGGGCCCAACUUUCUUCAGAAGCACAAAAAGAGGAAAAUAAAGAUUCUACAGUAAAAAAACGCAAAAUGUCCACAGACACUGAAACUUCACGUAACAGUAGAACGGAGAAAAGUCCUAGUUCUAGUGAUGUAAAGAGUUCAACACAGUCUCCCAGCAGUGAGAGCCUACCAUCAAUACCAUCACCAUCACAGUUUUUUGCAGCAAAUAAGAUUAUUUCAUCCAUGAAAGCUCAGUUACCUGAAGAAUAUUGUGAUAAAGUGAAGCAAAAGGAUAUGUUUGCUGAUAUUGAACAAGGAAUAUAUAAUCAAGUUACAGAGUAUCCAUAUAUGAAACAUCCAGCUACUCCACCACAAUUUUCAGAAGCCAGCAAACUGGUUUCAGCUAUAAAAUCUAAGUUGACAUAUAAAAGUUCUGGUGUUGAUUGUGACUUGAUUACAUAUUCAUCGGCACAAGAUCGCUUAGAUGCUCUACGUACAAGGUUGAGCAAUGAUGCAACUAAUGCAGAAUAUAGCAUCAACAUUCCGGAAAGUAAGGAAGAUUUUGCCUGUAAUGAAGCUAUGGACGUUGAUUUGAAGAGUGAGAUAAAAGAGCCAAGAUCAAACACCAUUUCACCAGUAUCAAGUUUACAUGAGGAUACAAGUGAUCUGAAGGAGAAUUUAGUAUUAGUUGUCGAUACUAAUAUAUUCAUACAUGAGCUAGAUUUCAUUAAGGAUGUGUUGAAUUCACACGUAAAAGGUUACAGUGAGCAGCCAACUUUGUUAGUACCGUGGAGGGUGAUAAAUGAACUGGACAGGCUAAAAGACAAUAACAAUGGCAAUGGUGCCGUGUGCAAACGAGCCAAGUCAGCCAUGGAUUACUUAUACAAAUGUUUACCUGAAAAUAAUAGGAUAAAAGGUCAAUCAUUACGCGAUGCAAAUUCUCAUAUAUAUCCGUGCGAACUGCCAGAUGACGAGAUACUGAACUGCUGCCUUCAACAAGCUGAGCGGAGCAAGGAUGUGGCCCUCCUGUCGAACGACAAGAAUCUCUGCAACAAGGCGGUCAUAAACGGCGUGAAAUUCUACAGCCUGUCCGGGCUGAGGAAGCUGCUGGAGAACAAGCCGCCGGCCAGUCACGACCCGGACCUGAUCACCGGACUCAAGUACUACGAGAAUGCUGUGUACCAGCUACUGUCCAAUAUAUUGGAGAACGAGAUGCGCGCCAAGUACAACAACCUGUGGCAGCACGUGCUGCUGAAGGCGCCGCCCUGGACGCUGCGCGACGUGCUGCAGUGCCUGCUCAAGCACUGGGUGGCCGUCUUCAACGACGUCUUCCCCAGGAUACAGCACCUCAUCCUCGACCUCAAGAACGCACUCACCGAGGUGCAGAGCAAAGACCCGACCACGAUCUCGCAGUCGGACGUGUCGAACUUCAAGGAGCUGUCCCUGGACCUCGCCAAGAAGUGUCAGAUAAUCCCGGAGUACAUGGAGCUGGCCAAGAUCACGGUGGAGCGGCUGUCGCGCGACGCCCGCGACUCCGACGAGGAGGUGCCCGUCAUCGAGGCCUUCGAGGGGCUCUGGACCGUGUUCUCCAGCUACUGUGCUAAGCUGUCCACCAACCUGGGCAUCGUGCACGGCCUGGAGGACAGUCUCCCCCACGACGGGCCCGACAACCUGUCCAGCAAGCUGCCCAUCAUCAGCUGCCACAUCAGCGGACUCACGAAUGCUAUCGAAGGCGCACUCAGCAUAGAAGCUCACGACCCGAGCCUGGACGAGCACAUGUACCGGCUCGAGACCACCUUCAAGGAGAGCCUCGCCUCGGCGGGGAUGGACCCGGCCGUCGUCAACCAGGGGAACCUCACCGUCUUCUGCAUCAAGUGCAGAAAUAUGCUCCAAGAGGCGUACACGAAGUUUGCUCAGCUCACCGAAUUGUUAGACAUAUGCAAUAAAAAUACAAUAUUUAAAUAACAAUUAUACAGUCGUGUGCAAAAGUGUUAAAUCAAACAUAAUAUUCGUUGUUUAACAGAAUUUUCAUCUCUGAAAACGUUUGUAGUGAAGUGAAUAGUUUCGAAUCGUUCCAUACGCGAUACGGGUACGCCUUCGAAUAAAACUUUUAACACUUUUGAGCACGACUGUAACUAUGUAUCUAGUCCGAUUUUUUGUACGCGAUUGUACAAUUCGUUUUUUAGUGUACGUACGUGUAUAAGCUAAUAUUUUCGUUCUAAUGAAGUUCCUUUCGAUCCUUGUAAAUAUAGGUUGGUGUUAGGUACAUAUAGAGAAUCAAAGAUAAAAUAAAUGCGGGAGGUAAUUUCAUAAUCCUUUGUCAGAGAGACAAUUGAGAUUUCGACCUUAUGUUUUUAAGCGGAGAAUCGCAUUCAGUUUGGCCAGGGGACUGUUAGACGUCGGAUGGCAAACAAAAAAUUAAAAUGAAACCACCGUUUUUUAUUUAUUUAUUUAAACAUACUUAAAAAAAAAUAGCGUAAUGCACAGUAAUUGUAUUAUAGAAUAAUAUAUGUUGUAUUUUUUAAAUUCGUUAAAUUUAUCUAUAAACCUAAUAAUUAUCUCCUGACUUUAUUCUUUAAAACGUAAGGGUAAAAGUCUAUUUUUUUAAUACAAAAUACAUUUUUAUACAAAGAUGUAUGUAAAUGUUAAAUUGUAAAUUAUAAUCCAGUGUUUGUAUAUUAAAAAGAUAGGUGGUACUUAAAAAAAACCUUGCGCGUCCUCUUUUUUUUAAGCGAUAAGUUUAUAUUUUUUAGAUUUGCGUCACAUUUACAAAUUGUAUGUGAAAUUUCAUACUAAACUUGUAAAUUUUUAAAGUAGGCAAAAUUAAAAACAAUUCGAUUAUUCUAAUGUACGACAAUAGAGAUCUGGAAAUCAAUAUAAUGUUAUGGAAUGUUCUAGAAUGAUUGAACAAUAAUAAAGUAAUCAGUUACGUUUUCUGUAAAAUACCAAGAGAACAACAUUUAAAGCCUUAAUAUUCCUAUUUAAAUUAAAUUAUUUUAAACAGUAUUAUUGCAUUAUGUAAAAUUGAACUCUUUUUUUUUUUCAAUGACAGACAGGCAAUGAAUCUGUUUUAAGAAAAAAACAUUUUUAAAACAAGAGUUUUAAAGGUUUUUCUUUACAUCUUACUUUACAUAUUUAAAAAUUGUCACGCAAUCCACAAAUUCCGGCCGAAUACGACUAAGCUGUGACGUCAUUUGGGGCCAAAACGUGCGACGCAUGAUCAUCGGAUGGUGUCCGGUUGACCACUUGUGACAUCAUACGUUGUGGAUUGGUGUUCAACUGACGCGAACAAAUGUUAGUUAUAGAUUCUGUUUAGUGAUUGCUAAAUGUAAAUCGAUGUUACUUAAAAAAAUGAAUAUCGAUUUAUCGUUUCAGUUUUAUACUAUUUUUUGCCUAAUGUGUUUAUAUCGCAAAGGAAAUGGUAUCUAGUAUGUGUAUCGCGGAGUAAUUCAAGGUCGCAUAGACGAUAGUGAGUCUCAUCAUUAGAGGCAUAACGUCGGAUAUCCGUGAUUUCAAAUCUAUAUAAAAAUAAAAAAAAAUGUAUGUUUGUUCUCUAUUAUCUCCGUUCGUCCGGUCGUGGUGAAGGUUCCUCUGUGGUAAUAAACAACAAAUAGCGACAGAGGGCGCGCGAGAAGCCAUAAGAACUUUUUGUUUCUAAGGUUUUUUCUAAACGAUUGCACUAAAAAAUCGAUAUGUCGAGUACUCGAUAUAAAGAAAAUGUUCUACAUACGAUUACGUAUAAAAUCGAUUCUUGCAAAUACUAGAUCCGACUUUAUGUUUCCGAUUAUGAGCUUUUAGUAUUCGAAUUCUAUGAAUGUCUAAGUUUAUAAUCGUAGCUUUGACGCAGAGCUUACUGACACUGCAUAGGACUAGUUUUGCGUAAUUAAAUCGAUUAUUAUUUGUAAUGAAUCGGUUUAAAAAAACAUGUAAAAAUAAACUGGAAGGAACUUCGCAUGUCUUCAAAGACUGACUGAUUAUUAUAAUUUGAAUCUAAUUACCUUAACAGAAUAUAGAUAAGAGGAUGUAUUACCGUAACACUUAGACUAAGGAUAACGAUGUUGCUUUUGUAUGAAGGGUGUUCAUGGCGAAGGCGGAUCGUUAAGGCCGUAAGCGGAUUGAAAAAUAAUCGCUUAUUAAGCCGCGCAAUGUAUCGUGUCUUGAGACUUUAGGGUCGCUGACCCCUCGUAUCAGCUGGUACAGUUAGUUUAAUAUACAUUGCGUGCGGUAUCUAAUAAUUCGCAAUUUCGCUUUUUUUUUGUAAAUAUAGUGCCCAUGCUUACAGAAAUUAUUGUAUAUAUAUUUACACUUAUUUAUAAUGUUCUAUUGUAGCUUAUCCAAUGGAAAAUGAAACUGGUGGAGAUUGUCUUGUCUCGAAGACACUAUUAUCGAGAUAAAUUACAAGUCUUCUUCGUGGUAAAUCGCCUUUCCCAUGAUUUGGCCGGAUUUGAAUGUCAUUUUAGCUCGCAAUUUUAUUUACACACUUGAUACUCGUUUUGGUAAGAGAGUGUUAACUAUGUUAACUAUAAGUGUUAACUAUGAAUGUGGAACGAUAUAGAAGAAGAGAUAGACCUAAGAAGAAAUGAAUGGAUUGCGUGAAAGACGUUAUGUGUAAGAGGGGAGUGAGCGAAGAAAUGGUAUAUGAUAGAGGAGUAUGGAAGGAGAAAACAUGUUACGCCGACCCCACGUGACUGGGAGAAGGGCAGGAGAAUGAUGACUUGAUACUCGUGUUCUCUUCAAAAAUACUUAAUGAAUUGUAACGAGUGUUCGUAUUAGACUGUCGGAUCAAGAUAAUCUUACGACGAAAUUUGAAUUGAUGCAUAUACGUAAUGUAAAUAAAAUAAUUAAAUAGUUGUAAGUAAAAUCUCCAUCGAAAUGACACGUCAUCGUCACCCCUCGCACAAAAGUAACCCUCGUUUCGUUGUCAUUAGAUUAUUUAUAUUUAGUAAUUGUACAUAUGUAUAUACUUACUUUUAAUUGUUAAGGUACCUUUGUGCUUGUGUACAGUCGGCUACAGAAUUUGCAUGGAUAUCUCGAAUAAAACAUAAUUAUAUACAGUAAAAGCUCUUUAUUCGUGGGGUAUAUGUUCCGUAAAUAUGCCGCGAAUAUAGGAACUGAAUAUGAAAUGGUAAUUUACAUAUAUGAUAUUGUACGAGGUAGAUAGAGGGGGAUAAGGGCGACCGAAGAGGUACAUGGAUGAAGUGUGUGAAUGCCGAUAUGAGAGAGAGGGGUGAGUGUUGAGAUGACGGCUGAUAGAAGAGAAUGGAAUAGAAAAAUUCGCUGUGCCGACUCCGCCUAGUGGGAUAAGGUGGAGAAAAAGAAGAAGAUAUUAUACGAGGAUAAGUUGCCACGUGGCAAAGUAAAACAUACUUUAGUCAUAAUUGUAAUAAGUUCUGUUAUACUUUUUUAUGAGUCCAUUGGAUGACGCGUUUACAAAGGACAUUCGAUUGGUUAUCUACAUAAUGAAAUAUUUUUUAUCAAUGUGUAUGUAUCGAUUAGAUCUGCGAAUAAGGAAAUGUUUAGCCGCAAAAAUAGGAAUUGGGGCGCAUUUUUUUAAAUCUGCGUAUACUGAAAAAGCUAAUGAAGGAAGCGCGAAUAAGGAGCUUUUACCGUAUAUCUCCUUAAAAUAUUGUCUUUCAAAUAAGUUAACAUGUACAUUAAUUAUCAUCACGGUUUACUGUUGUUUCGUUAGUUUCAUAUAAUUCUGUAGCUGUACCAUCCAAGCACUUUUGUAGUCCUCUGUACAGACUUGAGUUUCAUUUGUGAAUCGUUUUGAAUAGCAAUUGACCGACUAUAAUAGACUUCUCUGAACACGGAAUGAAAAUUGCGAUCUUACUGACAAACAAUAGACAGUUUUUUGUUUGAUAAUUUGGAUUUUAUAGACACAUUUAUGAGAUUAAAAGCGAAAUUUAAAAUUAUUAAAUAAAUGUGCAAACAACACACACAAACACAAACUUUGAAUUAACUAUUGAGGUCAUUUAAAAUAAUUGCUAAUAUUAACUUUAGUUCAUAUAUUUUAUUCUGUUAUUUUGUUAAUAGCAUGCCGAGAAAUCGUCUCUGAUGCAUAAUAUUCACAGAGCAAGGUUUGAUUGAAAUAAAUAAAAAAGCUGACUUAAUUCGUGAAGAUCCUUUCCUAGAUUCCGGCAUCGAGUGGUUACCGCAGUUCAUAGAGCCUUCGAGAGUUACUCUUUGACCCUUCAGCCUCUAUGAUUGUUUUGCAGACAUAAGCAGGCUGCUGAUACCUACGCCUUCAGGACGAAGACGAGAUGUGAGUAGAUGCAGAUCCGUUUGGGUUUUUUUUUUGUGGACGUAAAUGUGUGGACUAUUUCACAGUUCACACUGGUAUUAAGGUAUUACCGGUGUCCAUAGACAUCUACAACGUAAAUGCCGCCACCCACCUUGAGAUAUGAGUUUUAAGGUCUCAGUAUACUUACAAUAUAGCUUCAGCCAGUAUAGCUUCUCACAUGUUCGCUAGAACGCAUGAUUGCUUCGCAACAGUUACGGGUAGGGCGGUAGUAACAGCAGCUCUGGUACAGUACCGAAGGACGCUGCUACCCGCUCCUCUCCGCUCAGGUGGAUUCCCCAGUCGGCAACCCACACGGUAAGAGAUGGAGCCAAUCUCAAGUUCAUAAUUCAAGUUUUGGGUAGUAUUACGCUUGACAUAAAAAAAAUUUGUUAAAAUGAUCACAUUUAAUCAUGUAAUAUCUUGACAAAAACAAUGAUAAAACAAUUUGGUUUAAUUUAAUUAAGAUCUCUUGAUACUAUUUGUUAGUUUUUUUUUUUAGGUAUCCGUUUGCCUAAUACAACCGUGAAUUUUCCUUAAUAUCUCUUAAUUUGUUUUGAAAUAAACUUUCUCUCUGAAGUUGCUCUAAGCGCGACUAGUACCUACGAGUGAUAUUUCGAGCCGAUCAUGGCCGUAUAUUUUUUUUUAAAUUGGGAUACUUUUAAGUAAGUUUAGUUUUUGUUGAGAUUAGUGUGCCGCAUGCCAUAUUUAGUUCAAUUAAUAAUUAAUUAUUUCAAAAAAAGUUUAAUAAAUGGUCGCAUAUUUAUACACACUAAAACCGAUUGCAAUUUGAUACGUCUGCGUCAUGGAAAUCCGAUUUUCAUUCUGUGUUGCCGAGAAAUACGUGUUUAUGGUAUAUUUAUUUUUGAUCGUCACUUUUAAACACCUUUAAUAUAUUAGAAGAAGAAAAAACUUUCAGUAAAAAUAUUGAAGUCCACGAAUGUAUGAUAGAAACAAAAUAUGAUAGUUCACUAAAAAUUGUCAGUACAGAUUAUGUAUACGUUUUGUUGAUGGUGUUAUAGUGUUGCCAUAUCAUGUUAUAGAUAUUCCCCUAUAUUGGUGUUCAGUUGAAAUGUAGUUGUUGGUGGUUGUUUAUGAAGUUUAUUUCGAAAAAUAGAUUAUAUAUUAUGUAAUAUUUCCGUAGAUUGUGUUGAGAACUUGCUGUUCAAUCAUUUCGCUCACACUUCAAUGUUUCUGUGUGUGCGUAAUAAAAAGACAAUCGAUGUUUUAUGUAUAUAUUUACUAGGCACGUUGUUUAUUGUAAGUGUAUGUAAAGAAGACUUUAAUGUUAUUUGUAGUUAUAUUUGUACAUUUUUCUUUAAAUAUAUUUAAAGUUCUAACGUC